AUGUUAUAUCCCCUUACGGCGGAAUCCCUUGGAUAUAACGCCACUGUUCAACCGCUACCUUCUCCUUUACACCGACCGGCUUCCUUCUUCAAAGAACCCAAUCGCUUCUUAACCCAACGAUUGAUCCAGUUUCGUCCAUUGCUUUUGAUUCAUCCUUCCAGAUCCUCACUAUUCCACCAAGUUCUUUUCACCACAAAUCGAUUUAUCAAAGUGGCAUGUCGUCUCCGUUGGGCUACCCAACACCGUCCUCCUCCCGUUCUGCCCCUCCGCCAACAACACCCACUUCCACCGCCGCUCUCCGUCAGCAUCCCCCUUGAAAAAGCUCUUAAUACCACCGCCUUAUACAUCGUCGCUAUGGUGCACCUCGGUUAUUACAGACUCAUCUCAAGUUUUGUUUCUAUUAAAUGUUUGAUGAGAAGCAAGUGGUGGUGCAAGAACAAUUUUAAUAUUAGUGAAAUUUGUGUAGCCUUAUGGGGAAGAAGUGUAUACUUAAGCGCUUCAGUUUCAGAGUGA